CUCCAUACCCGCCGGAUCCAUCCUCGCUUGACAAAAAUUAUCGUCUUGUUAUGUUAUUCAAAUGCCAGUGAACAAAAGCUUCUUCCAGCUGCGACCAUGGCCAGGAACUACGUUAGAGAGAACGUUCCACUAUCUCGAUUUGGAGUUUUAGUUGCCCAGUUGGAGUCCAUAGUUGCAUCUGCUGCCCACAAGCCUCCCGAUCCUCUUCUCUGUUUUGAUCUUUUAUCUGAUCUCAUUGCCGCCAUUGACGAAGAGCCUAAGGAAUCUAUAUUGCUAUGGCAAAGAAAAUGCGAGGAUGCUCUUUAUUCUCUGCUUGUACUUGGUGCAAGGAGGCCGGUGAGGCAUUUGGCAUCAGUGGCAAUGGCCAACAUUAUAUUGAAGGGGGAUGGCAUUUCUAUAUAUUCACGAGUGAGCAGCCUGCAGGGAUUUCUUUCGGAUGGAAAGAAGAGCGAACCUCAACGACUUGCUGGUGCUGCACAAUGCCUUGGAGAAUUAUACCGUUAUUUUGGGAGACGUAUAACUUCUGGAUUAUAUGAGACUACUAUUAUUGUGACGAAGCUACUGAAAUUUAAUGAGGAUUUUGUAAGACAAGAAGCUUUACACAUGCUUCAAAAUGCCUUGGAAGGCUCUGGUGGCAAUGCUGCUGCUUCAGCAUAUACAGAGGCAUUCCGAGUUAUUACACGGAUAGCUCUGGGGGAUAAGUCAUUUAUUGUCCGAAAAGCAGCUGCGAGAUGUCUAAAGGCUUUUGCGAACAUCGGAGGACCAGGAUUAGGUUUUGCAGAACUUGAGAACUCUUCGUCUCAUUGUGUCAAGGCCCUUGAGGAUUCUGUAUCAUCAGUUAGGGAUUCUUUUGCUGAAGCUUUAGGCUCAUUGCUUGCUUUGGGAAUGAAUCCUAAUGCACAGUUGCAACCUAGGGGGAAAGGACAUUGUAGUCCAACAAAACUUGAAGGAGGUCUGCAGAGGCACUUAUCUUUGCCAUUUAUAAAAGCUAGCGGACCUCGUAUGAAGGAACUACGUGUUGGCAUUGCCUUAUCAUGGGUUUCCUUUUUACAGGCCAUUCGGUUGAGAUAUCUUCAACCCGAUAGUGAGCUUCAGAGCUUCACUGUGCAGGUUAUAGACAUGCUUCAUACAGAUGAUAAUACUGUUGAUGCUCAAGCCCUGGCAUGUGUUCUGUAUAUUCUUCGAGUGGGAGUCACUGAUCAAAUGAGCGAACCUACUCAGAGAAGCUUUUUGGUUUUCUUGGGCAAGCAGCUCCAGUCUUCUGAUGCUACUCCUUCCAUGCGCAUUGCUGCUUUACGCACUCUGUCAUAUACAUUGAAAACACUGGGGGAGGUUCCUCAAGAAUUUAAGGAAGUUCUCGAUGACACGGUUGUCGCUGCACUUUCACAUUACUCACCUCUGGUACGGGUUGAGGCUGCUUUGACACUGCGUUCACUUGUGGAGGUUGAUCCCUCUUGUGUUGGUGGUUUGAUUUCGUAUGCAGUGACAAUGCUUAGUGCAGCGAGAGAAAAUGUUUCAUUUGAGAAGGGAAUGAAUCUGAAAUUCGAGCUUGAGAGUCUACACGGGGAGGCUGCAGUUUUGGCAGCUUUGGUAUCUAUCUCUCCAAAGUUGCCACUUGGUUAUCCAGCCAGAUUACCAAGAUCUAUACUUGAAGUCUCCAAAAAAAUGCUGAUGGAGUCAAGUCGGAACCAUGUAGCUGCUGCAGUGGAAAAAGAAGCAGGAUGGACACUUGUAGCUUCACUUUUGGCUUCAAUACCGAGGGAGGAACUUGAAGACCAGAUUUUUGACGUCCUUUCUUUUUGGGCCUCCUUGUUUAAUAAAAAUCUGGAUAUCAGUCAAAGAGAAGAUCUGAGUUCUUCAAUAUGCGUCUGGUCUGCGGCAAUUGAAGCACUUACAGCAUUUAUUAAAUGUUUUGUUUCUUCGGAUGGUGUGAACAAGGGGAUUUUACUUGAACCUGUGUUGUUAUACCUCAGUCGGGCAUUGUCCUAUGUAUCACUCUUAGCUGCCAAGGAACUGGCAAAUGUUAAAGCUGAAACUGAUAUUUUGAUCAUAAGGAUACUAAUAGCUUAUCAAUCACUAGCGGAUCCAACAGCGUACAAGAAUGACCACCCCCAUAUUAUUCAGAUAUGCACUACUCCUUUUAGGGAUGCUUCUAGAUGCGAGGAAAGCUCAUGCUUGAGAAUGCUGUUGGACAAGAGAGAUGCAUGGCUGGGACCUUGGACUCCUGGAAGGGAUUCCUUUGAGGAUGAACUCAGGUCAUUUCAAGGUGGAAAAGAUGGUGUAUUGCCAUGUCUUUGGGAAAAUGACCCUCCUAGUUUCCCUCAGCCGGAAACAGUUAGCAAGAUGUUGGUAAAUCAGAUGCUCCUCUGUUUUGGGACCAUGUUUGCUUCACAGGAUAGCAGUGGGAUGUUGUCGCUUCUUGGCAUGAUGGAGCAGUGUCUUAAAGCUGGGAAAAAACAGUCUUGGCGGACUGCCAGUAUCACAAAUAUAUGUGUGGGGUUACUCUCUGGAUUGAAGGCUUUGCUUGCUUUACGACCUGAGCCACUAGGGUUGGAGAUAUUGACUGCAGCACAGUCAAUUUUUCAGAGCAUUCUGGCCGAGGGUGACAUUUUAGCUACACAACGCAGAGCAUCAUCAGAAGGUCUUGGUCUCUUAGCUCGUCUUGGAAAUGAUAUAUUUGCUGCCAGAUUGACCAAGUUGCUUCUGAGUGAGGUAAAUGGGGCUGCUGAUGUGCACUAUUCUGGAUCAAUUGCUCUUGCUCUUGGCAGUAUCCAUCGCAGUGCCGGAGGAAUGGCAUUGUCAAGUCUCGUACCUGCCACUGUAAACUGCAUUUCUUCCCUCUCAAAGAAUGCCGUCACUAGUUUGCGGAUGUGGGCAUUGCAUGGACUUCUUUUAACCAUUGAAGCUGCUGGCUUGUCUUAUGUAUCACAUGUACAGGCAACACUUACCCUUUCUUUGGAUAUUCUAUUAUCCGAGGAAAGUGGUUUGGUCGACCUGCAACAGGGAGUGGGUCGCCUUAUAAAUGCUAUAGUUGCUGUUCUUGGACCUGAACUUUCACCUGGCAGUAUUUUCUUCUCACGCUGCAAGUCUGUUGUAGCAGAGAUCAGCUCUUGCGAAGAAACAGCGACACUUCUUGAGAGUGUUCGGUUUACGCAGCAGCUUGUUUUGUUUGCUCCACAAGCAGUUACAGUGCAUUCGCACGUGCAAGCUCUCCUCCCUACUCUGUCUUCCAGACAACCAACACUUAGGCAUCUUGCUUUAUCCACACUACGACAUCUCAUUGAAAAAGAUCCGGCAUCGAUUAUUGGUGAAGCAAUAGAAGACGCAUUGUUUCUUAUGUUGGAUGAGGAAACCGAUACUGAGAUUGCUAAUUUAGCUCGUACCACAAUUAUGCGAUUGCUCCUUGCUUCGUGCCCAUCAUUUCCAUCCCAUUGGUUAUCAAUAUGCCGCCACAUGAUUCUUACAUCAUCAAGAAGGGAUGCUGGCAGUAAUAACAUGGAUAGUGAUUCUAUAACCGGUCCAAGUGGAGAGGAAAGAUCAAAUUUUGGAGAAGAUGAUGAAAAUAUGGUUUCUAGCCCAAGGAGCACGCCUAGUCAGGGUCAUGCACUUGAUUAUUCUGGUGCCAGCUCUGCAAGAGAUAAGCACCUAAGAUAUCGCACCAGAAUUUUUGCAGCCGAGUGUUUGAGCCAUCUUCCUGGAGCUGUCGGAAAUAACCCUGCUCACUUUGACCUCUCUCUGGCUAGAACCAUUACUGCUAAUUCUAUAGCUUCUGGAGACUGGCUAGUUCUUCAAUUGCAAGAGCUGAUUUCGCUUGCUUAUCAGAUAAGCACUAUCCAUUUUGAGAACAUGAGGCCCAUUGGUGUGGCACUUUUGAGUACAAUCGUAGAUAAGUUUGAAAAGAUAGCAGAUCCUGAGCUUUCUGGACACCUGCUUCUAGAACAGUAUCAGGCUCAACUACUAUCAGCUGUUAGAACUGCAUUGGACACAUUGUCUGGGCCUAUUCUUCUGGAAGCAGGAUUGCGGUUGGCCACAAAGAUAUUGACAAGUGGAGUUAUUAGUCAAGAUCAAGCUGCAGUGAAGCGAAUAUUUUCAUUGAUUUCACGUCCCCUGAAUGAAUUCAAUGACCUUUAUUAUCCAUCUUUUGCAGAAUGGGUUUCAUGCAAGAUCAAAAUAAGACUUCUGACGGCCCAUGCCUCCCUGAAAUGUUACAUCUAUGGAUUCUUGAGGCGAGAAAAGGACAGGAUGCCUGGCGAAUAUCAAGCAUUAUUACCUUUAUUUUCUAAAAGUUCAGAUACUCUCGGGCUGUACUGGCUGUCUGUUUUGAAGGACUAUAGUUACAUCCGGUUUCGUCUACCUCCUAGGAAGAACUGGAAAGCUUUUCUUGAAGGAGUCCAAUCGUCUCUAGUUUCAAGCAAGUUGCAGCCUUGUUUAGAAGAAGCCUGGCCAGUGAUCCUGCAAGCUGUGGUGCUUGAUGCUGCUCCAGUCAAACCUUUUGCAAAUGGGUCUUCAGCAGCUGAAGACAAAUCAGAAAGUGACUUCAUUUCUGAAUACCGCAUGGUUGAGUUGCGAGCAGAAGAAUUUCAUUUCCUAUGGGGCUUCUCUUUACUUGUGCUAUUUCAGGGGCAAGAUACAUCUAGUGAUCAAGUUGUAAUACCAGUGGGUUCAGUCAAGUCAAAAUUUAGUGCUGAUUUGACUGUUGAAGAUGGAAGUUCUGUAACUUCAAGGAUAUACGAAACAAUUCUACCAGUUCUGCAAUUUCUGUCAAUUGAAAGAUUUUUCAGCGCUGGAUAUCUCACUAUGGAUGUCUGCAGAGAAUUGUUGCAGGUUUUUUUGUAUUCAAUAGUUGCAGGCAAUUCAUGGGAUAGUCUUGCAGUCUCUGUCAUGUUAAAGAUUUUGCAGAACUGCCCGAAGGAUUUCGUGGAAAAAGAAAAUUUUGCAUACUUGUCCUCGGAACUUUGUUUAGCAUUUCUUUUCAAGUUCUUUGCGAGUUGUGAUGCAGCUUCUCCUUAUCAAUUGAAUUGGGAAAAUACCGUUUUGGUCUCACUUAGUGCAGCUGCAACACUUCUGAGACGGGUUGAUCGUAAGAUGCAGUUAAAACUUUUGUUUGGUUUUCUUUUAAUUGGCUGCAAAUCAAUUGGAGCAGCAUCGACUGAAUUGUCCCUUUCCAGAGUUAAUGACUUUGUUCUGUCUAUCAUUUCCAUUGUGAAGGGGCAUGUUGAUAAAUCUGAACUUGAUUACGAUGGUGUUUGCCAAUUGAGAACAAUCAACCAUGCUUGUCUAAAUGCAUCUGUUAGUUUGAUUAAUGAAUGCGUCGACAGUAUUCAUCAAAUGGAGGAUAAGAGGUCCAACCAACGGAAAUUGCUGCAGAUGAGGCUUGCUUUUUCUCUUGAACAUGUUGUUUCAUUUGCUAAAGUAGCUUUUGAGCUUGAAUCCUUUGGUGAAGGGAAAGAAAAUGAUCCCAGUUUAUCAACUGAUUUAUACAAUAGCAAUCAAUGUAUCCAGGCUGUUCUUAGUGAUUACAACAUACAGGUUCAAGUGAUUAGCUUGCAAGUAUUGAAAAGCAUGCUACAAAAGAGCAGUGAUACAUGCAACUCUUUUGAGAUAUUCUUUGUUGGAGAGCUUGCCGGAGACCUCCUCAUUGUGAUCCAAAAAUUUUUGGAGAAACCUAUCAGGGAAUCAGUUACCAUAGUUGGGGAGUGCUUAAAAAUUCUAAUGCUUUUCCAAGCACUAUCAAGAGACUCUGAAUGUCAGAAAAGCAUUUUAAGUUUGCUUUUGGAAGCAAUUUUCAUGGUUUUUUCAGCAUCAGAGGAAAAUCUUUCUCAGGACCUUAAUGAAUUGAGAAGCACAGCUAUAAAACUUGUUUCACAGCUUGCUCAGAGUCCAAAAUCUGGAGUUUAUUUCAAGGAUGUUCUGCUAACAAUGCCUAUUACAAGAAGACAGCAACUUCAGGAUAUUAUUCGUGCUUCUAUGAAGCAGGAGCAGAAUAUAAUAGAAAAGAAGCCUAUUGUGCCACCAUUAGCGAUAAAGAUUCCUGCACAAACAGAAGAAACCAAGCAGCAAAGUUCACCAUCAUCCCUGGCGAGAGAAUCGGAUGAUAAAAGCGAGGAAGAAGAUGAUGAUGAUGAUUGGGACACUUUCCAAUCAUUUCCUGCCUCAACAAAAGAAGCUGCUUCAACUUCCAGCAUAACCUCAGAAGAGCCUGACUCGACUAAAAACCCUUCUAUUCCGAUCCAUGACUUUGAAGGGCACCUUAGGCCACGUGAUUCAGAUGAGGCAAAAGAAGUCAUUGUUGCAAAUGAUGCAGAUGCGGAAGCAGAAGCAGGUGGUAUUUUGGACUCUGCGAUGGUCAGAAAUCAGGUAGAAGAAAUCCAUGAUCCUGAAUGUGAUCGCCGCAGUACUGAGCAACUUGAUGGUCUCCAACCUGACAGCAGCAAAGUUAUUUCAAGCCAGACACGUAGUGAAGCUGUCACUAGUCCUGUUGAAGUAGAAGAGUACAAAAAGGCGUGUGAGAUGGAAAAGAUUACAAUAGCACCCAGCACUGAAGAGAGUCUGUCAUCGCCAGAUUUUCAAAAUGUUGAAGAACAUAGUCAUCCAGACAAUGAACACCAUGUUAGCACCAGUGCAGGGUCUUGCGACAAAAAUAAGUUGGACUUGGAGUGAUAGGGACGACAUCCAUGACCAACUCGCGUCUGAUUCCACACAUCAUGGAGAAGAGCAGGGAAGUGGUCAGGUGAAAUAAAUAUUGAAGAUGCUCACAUCCAUCGUUUGAAGAGUUUCUGAUCAACAUGGAGCAGUGGGUUGGGGACGGAGUUAGCAAAUUAUAAACUGAUUAUAUCUUGCGGAUAAGAUGAAAAUGAUGAUACUGGUAGUAGCUGGAACGGAGAGAAGAGAUCCAUCCAUUAGGAAAGGUGCCAGGAAAAAAUGCUUGUCAGAAGUAGUCUGCAUUGUUGGUCCGUGGAGUGUCAGUCGGCAAAUUUAGUGAAGUCAUAGAGGUGGCAUAUUUGCGAAGCACGCCGAAAAUUGAAUUUCUUUAGUUUGUUGUAAAUUUUGAAAUGCUUGCUGCGCGGCCAUGUGUCAGCAUCUUUUUCUUUUUCUUUUUUUUUUUUUUUUUGUAAUUUAUUUUUGAGUAUCAGAAUUCUGCUUUCUUUAAUUCGUUGUCGUAAAUUCAUAUAUUUCGACCUACUAGAACAUCAGUCGUUAUGCUGAAUGCUGAAGCAGAUUUAUACUACCACUAUUUGUACUUCCACAA